AUGGCAAGAGUUUCCCCGGUGGGAAUACCAGCAGCGACAUCACCACAACAGACCAACUAUAGCGACUGCAGGAUCUACGUGGUGGAAACUAUCGAGAGGGUGCUGAGAAACGUAGGACGCGAGGAAGGAGGGCCGGGGUGCAUAUCCGGCCCGUUCCCGGCGGCCAUGGCGGCGCAAAAACGCGCGCAAAUGCUGAGGGUAUUCCAACAACCACCGGAGGCAACAACACCACUACCUCCACCGCCACCACCACAACCCACGGAGCUUCCAGAGGCAACAGCAACACCACCUCCACCGCCACACACACCAGUAUUCCCAGAGGUAGUACCACUGCCACCGUCACCGCCCCGAGCACCAGCACCAUCCGAAACAGUGUCGCCACGACAAGGCUCGUCGACACCACCAAGGGAACAAACGGUCAUUCCCGCCAAAGAAGCCGACGGACCAGCGCUGGACCAGUUCCCGGAGGUCGCCGAGAGG